AUGACACCGCACCGCCAAUUUCGGCGACUGGCGAUCGUAGGGUUGGCAGUACUCGCUCUCACCACUUGGUACCUACACUGGCAAACACAGACACGCCAUGCGUCGUCGUCGAGCCGAGUGGCUCAGUAUCCCCUACUCUCAAAAUACGUGUCUGACCAGAGGGGCGAUGGAGGAGCUUGGCACAUCCCACCCAGUUGGGUAGAGGGGUCCCAACCUCCCUUAGGGAAUAUUAUUGACGCGGCCAUCUUUGCGCUUAAUGCGUCUAGAUCCAUACCAGGCAGACAGAUCCCGUACUCUGCUAUACCUCUGAUCAUCCAUCAAACAUGGAAGGAUACAUAUCCAGAUCAGUGGCCAGAAAUCUUCCGCCGGUGUGCAGAGAGAUGGUUGUCAGGCGUUGAUAGUGGCAACAUGGCCUACUUUUUGUGGGAUGAUACUGGCGUUGCAAAAUUCAUCCGGCAUUUUGAGCCGGAGAUAGAGACUCAGUUCUACACCUUGCCGAACAAUGUGGAGCGAUCAGAUGUGUUUCGCGUCCUGGUCUCCAAGUGGAUUGGCGGCAUCUACGGUGAUAUUGACAGCGAGCCUACUCGAACUCCAUCAGAAUGGAUCGAUUCUACCGAUCUGGAGCUGUGGCGAGAUCCGGAGACGGGCAAGGUGUUCGACUCGACCGAGCCUGUUAAAGCUAUCGUUGGUCUAGAGGCAGACUGCGAUCCUGGAAAUGACCUCUACUGGCGUAUGGGCUACUUUUACCCUGUUCAGUUGACGCAGUGGUCAUUUGCCUGGGCGCCCGGGCACCCCAUUCUACAGCUAUUCAUCAACCGCCUGACUACAACCAUGCAGGCAAUCUCUAAGGAAAACGGAGGGCAUCUGCAGUCUAAAUCAGCCCAAAUGGCUCUCUACGAUAUUGACCCGUUAAACCUCACCGGGCCAGUUGCCCUCACGGAUGUGACUCAAGAGUGGUCGAAAAUCAACUGGGGUCUACGAUGGAAUGCUCUGUCCGGGCUGGCUGACGGCGGGUUAAGCAAAUUAGUGGGCGAUGUUCUGGUCUUGCCUAUCACUGGAUUCAGCCCCGGAAGAGGUCAAUAUGGAAACAUGGGUUCGAAGCCUAUGACCGAUCCUUCCGCUCGCUUAGUUCACCAUGCCCACGGGUCCUGGAGAAAGACUAGCAUUCUGGUUGAAUACGGCAAAUUUUGUCGAACCUUCUUUGGCCGCUGCAGGCAUUGGUCUAAAGUGCCUCAUAACUGGAUCACUUGA